AUGGAUAACGAACGCGAAGAUGAUGAUGAAAUGAAUAUUACAAAUGUUGAUCGUGCUUCAUCAAUUGAUUCACUCGAACAAUAUGAUUUUGUAUCAACAACAACAACGACAACAACAAGUGAUAGUCUUCAAUUGAUUAGUGGGUGUCAUAAAUGGACACAUACAAAUGGUAAUAUUCGCGUAGAAAAAGCAAUUGAUAGUUAUAAUCAAAAUAAUAAUCAUAAUCAAAUAGAAUUCAUUAUUAAUCAUAAUGAUAAUGAUGAUCAUGAUAAUAAUACAAUUCAACAAAAAAUUUCAUCAACAAAUAAUAAUAAUAAUAAUAAUAAUAAUAUUGAAAUAGUUUUAAAAAAUGAUUAUCAAGACGAGGAGGAAGAAGAAGAAGAUAAUGAUGAAUAUGAAUUAACCCAUAUGGACAUAUCUUUAAAUCAUUUUGAUGUUCAACUUCAAGUUAAUAAUGGUCAAUUACAAGAAGCAAUUCGUUAUGGAGUUUUCUCCUCGGUUUUAGCAAAUGAUUAUGAAUCCGAAAAGAUUAGUUUAUUUAAAAUUAAUCAACAUUCACAAACAAUGGAAAUGGAUAUGGAAAAUGGAGAUAGUUACAAUGGAAGAACUAAUGGAUAUUCACAUCAUAGUAAUAAUAAUAAUAAUAAUGAUGAAUCUUAUAGAAGAAAUAACCGAUCAAAUGAUUCACCGGAUAGUUAUGAAAAUGGAAAUGGUACCAAUCCAAACAGAAAUAAUAAUAACUCAAGAAGAUCGGAUGAUGAUGAUGACGAUGAUGAUGAUAAUAGUGAAGAUAAUAAUGAUGAUAAUGAUGAAAAAGAUAAUACCGAUGAAGAUGAUACGGAUGAUGAAAGUGAUGAAAAUAUUGCUCGUCGAUUAGGUUUUAUACCAUUAGACAAUGAAACUGUACGUAUAAUAGGUCGUUUACGUAAUUUAUCAAAUAAACAAACAUUUGAUCGUCGAGAUUUUGAAACUCUUUCAUCUUUAAUUGAUGAAUUAAUUCGUAUUCAACAUUUAGAAACCUUUUCUAAAGAACAAUUAAAACGAAUAAUUCAUUAUCUUAAAUUAAAUCGUCCAUUACGAACAAAAUCUCGUGCAUUAACAUUUAUACAAGAACGUAUACCACGACGUGCUGUUAAAUAUAAUGUUAUUUCAUCAAAUCAUGAACCUAAUUCAAAUGUCUUUAAUAUAUGGCGUGAACGUGAACGACGUGCUCGUUUAGAUUCUUCAGAUAGUUUAGAAGGUGAGGGACAAAAUACAAGUGGACAACAAUUACGUGAUGUAGUUGAAAUUAAUCAUCCAACACCACCUAUAGUUCUUUCAACUAAUUAUAUAACUCCAAAUGUAACAACAAAAGUUAAACAAAUGGCUAAAGAUAUUGAUAUACGAUCAGGAAUAACACGUUCAGAAAUUAAUUUACGUACAGGUGAACGAUUUAGUGAUCAUGCAUAUAUGCCAAGAAGUUCAUCACCAACAUAUCCAGGUCUUGUUUCUGUUGCACUUUAUGAUGUUAAAUCAACAAAUAAUAAUGAUGGUCCAAUUAAUGAACAUCAUAUUGAAACUCGUAUAAAUAAUAAACGAAAUAUUAAUAUAUCAAAAUCAGCAUCUCCAACACCAUCAGAACAAAGUCAUGUACGACAAAUGAUUGUUCGUCUUGAAUCAUCUGCAACAUCACCAAAUACAAAUACAAAUACAAAAAUAGAAAAGAAAAUUUCAUCUAAAAAACCAUUACAUGAUGAACAUUCAGAUGGUUCACCUGGUAUAACAAUUUCACCACCAAUUAAACGUAUUGCAAAAAGAGAAUUUAAUGAGAAAAAUGCAAUUAAUGGAAUUAAUCAUAAUAGUACUACUCAUAAUAAAGAUGGAUAUGUCUAUCAAUUAACUGACACACAUGAUGAUGUUUUUGUUCAAAAUAAGAGCACAUCAAAUGGUAUGAAAUUUGAAUUUGAUAAAGAAGAAUUGACAAUUGGUUGUAAACGUACAACAAGUGGAGCAACUGUAAGUAACAUAUG